UCCUCCCGCCGCCGCACGGCUGAGGGGAGGGCAGAGGCGGGCCGGAACCCGUCCCCCUGGCCCGCGCCGCCGGCCUCCGCCCGGGAGGGGGCGCCAGCGCGCAGGCGCAGCCCCGCCCCGCGGGGAGGUGCCGCUGGCUGCGAGCGGAAGUAUUCAACAUUAAGCGAUAUGUCUUCCACCAAACCUUCAAAUGAAAAUGAAACACCCAAAGAGAGAAAACCAGGACUGAGGAGUGUGCAGACAACUAUGCUUUUCCGAGCUGUGAACCCAGAGCUUUUCAUUAAACCUAACAAACCUGUGAUGGCGUUUGGACUGAUAGCAAUUAGCCUCUGUGUGGCCUACCUUGGUUAUCUGCAUGCAACAGCAGAGAAUAAAAAGGACCUCUACGAAGCAACCGACAGUGAGGGGUCCAGAUAUAUGAGGAGGAAAACUUCCAAGUGGGACUGAGAAUACCCAAGAAGGGCUCCCAGUGAGCUGAGAGACCUCUUUGUCCAUCCUCUUCUGACCAAGGUGGCUUCUGUCACGCCAGAGAAGGAACAUGUAGGAACUCCUUCUUUACUAUUCUGGGAGUUGCUUUGGGUUUUAUUGAAAGAUUUUGGUACUGAAGAUAAAAAACGUUUCUGGCUGCCUUGAGGGACAGCAGUUGCACCAUGGGAUUUCUCUGUAUCUCCCUCUAAGUCCUUCACUUUGAAUCUGUGAGUUUACUCCUGUUCUUGUUUUAUAGUUAACUGUAUCUUAAAUUCAGCGAGGCUUUGGUUAAACUGCCUCCUUCCUGGGAAGGGAAGUGAGCUCUACCUAUAAUAAAGCUUUUUUUUUUUUUAAAGAAAGGGCGGUUUUGCAGCCUUUAAAAGCAGAUUCCCCUCUGUGAGCCUGCUGCCCUACAGCAGCAAGGUUCCUGGGCAAAUCUAAGUUUGCAGGUGAGGAAACUACUUGCCUUUUGAUUGGUGAAAGAAUUUCUGGGUGAAAUGAUCAAAUAUUCAGAACUCUCACAUGCUGUGCAUAUCCUGCAGAAUAUAUUUUGUUUGAUGUUUGUGAAGGAUCUUGAGAAUAAAUCUGUUCUUUUUAAAAUGGUCACACAGGAUUUUAGCUCUUUUCAGUUCAUUAAAAUGCACAGGUCUUGUAGGUUUGCAUAAAUUUAACGAAAUUAUUCCCAAAUCAGUGCUACAAGUAAGUAUUUUUACCUGCUUUUCUAUAGGCUUUUAGAAUACAUGCUUUGAUCCUCUGCAGAUGUCUGCAGAUGAAUUGAAAGCCCAUUCUCUUAUUUUCACAUAUUUGAAAAUAAUGCAAGAUUUGUGUUCUCAAGAUUCUCAGUUAUGUUUUGUGAAGUGAAUAUGGAUCUGGCAGUUACUGGGGAAAAGAAAGCGGGACUGGAGGCAUAAAAGAUAACUGACCUGGACAGGGUCUAGGCAUGUACAUGCCCGUCACACUUGUUACAAAAGCUGUCUGAGAUAGGACCUCUUGAAUGUUGGCUGGACUCAAGUCCUGUUGACCAGGUUACUUCAGAACUGCAAGGUUGAAGGAAGAAUGGCUAUUUAAAUUUGUCCUAUUGUUUCUUUGCCAGCUGCUGUAUAGAUAACUCUUAGUGAUACACAAUUUAUAUAUAAAAAAGAGAUAAAGCAGUGCAAAUACAGAGAGGUAUGUGGUAGGUUAAUGAAUGUUAGAGUAUCAACACAGGCAUUUGCUGUUUUAAGUUUCUGAUUUUUAUCAUAAGAACAAUGUGUGUAUAGGGAUUAAAGGGGAAAAAAAACCAACCACCCAAACAAAACAGCUUUGAUACCAAAAUUUGUUUGCUCAGCUCUGAAAGCCUGGCACCCCUUAUGCAUCUGGAGGACAAACACACAGCACCAGUAUAGUUUCUUUUGUUCUGUGUUUUUCAAUUUCAAUCUUCAGUAUAGUGAUAAUUAUCUAUAAGGGGUGAUAACUGACUUGACAAAAACUGUGAGUCAAAAUUAUUUCCUGGGCAGAGGCUCUUUGAGAUUUUUGCCAGUUCUUUCCUGUCUGUGCUGACUUUCACGUCUUUUACCAAGAACAGCAACAAAAUGCUAUGAUUAAAAUAUCCAAAACUGUAGCUGUUGUACUUUUCCUGAGAUCUCCUUAGACUGUGUGAUGUGAAUGGGACUUGUUGGCAUUCAACAACAAAAAGCAAUUAAAUAAUUAAAGGGCCAAAGCCUACUGUGAUGCUGUUUAACUAUUUCCAGGGAAAGCUAGUUCUUUGUGGGUGAAACCAGCUCUUCCCCAGUAACAGUUGCUACACAGGAAGCUGCAUUCAGGCUGGAAAGGGUCACUUCGUGAAACCCUCCCUUAUCUGUCUCCUGGAUGUUACUGAAUUGUCAGCAUGUUUGAAUCCUAAUUGGAAAGCAAAUAUUUCAGCUAACUUGGUAAAUAAUUGCCAAUGAUUUUUCUUUUUUUACCAGCUUGCGUAUUUUCUGUAGCAAUGGUAAGAGUUUUGCCUGUAAAUGAGAUAUGUCAGGAAUAGAGUUCUGACACUCUAGUAACUAUUACAGAGUGAUACUGGAACACCACAAUGAUUAGAAGUUCUGAUCUGAAUUCCUUUGUUGUGCUGUGUGUUCAAAAAGGGUACCACCACCACCCACCAGGGCUGCUUUUGAUCAGUAUCAGGAGUAUAGGCCUUCCAGUACACAGUGUUAAACGCAUCGUAAGAUACUGGGAAAGUUCAUUUCUGAAAUUCCUUUCUUUUAUUGCAAUCUUAGAUUUAGGAAGGCCCCAAGUCCUCUUGAUUCUAUGUGCUCUGGCCAGUCAUGAGUGCAUUUACAUCUUAGUAAGAAAGAACUGCUGCAUAUUAGUAAUUCCAGUAUAUUCAGUGAGGGAACAAGGUCAGCUGUUCUGCAGUGCAUGAAGUAUUCUGAGUUGGGCAUAAUGAAGUGUGAAAGGCAAAGGAGCUGCAGGACCAUUAGCAAAUGUUUUUUGAAGCUCAGGUACUUAGGAAAGAACUAUGUUUGAUUUAACAUCUGCACAGAUCAUCCCAUCAUUCUUCAACAGGACACAGCUGGGAUGUUUAAUCCUGAAUCUCACCUUCUUACACCUGAUUCUGGCUCCUGACCUUAGACUGACGCUCUGUACAGUCUCUUGAGGUUUGAUUUUUUCAUGGCGUACCACAAUGAUAACCUCAGUGAUGAAGGGCUCAUGGUAGCAUUCAUAUGUUUGAGGAUCUAGGAAGAAUCUGAAGUAUAUGCUGUGCCUGAUUGUCUUAGAAGUUUCUGAUCAGCAGUGUAAGGUUUUGUAGAAAUCAUGUUGUGCAUGGUUUUUUAAUGUGUGUUGUGAAGAGGAAUGUUUGGUUUCUGAUUUAAACAAUAUCAAGAGUUUAUCAGUGUCCUGAGAGCCCUAGCAGCAGGGUGAGUGCCCUGCAUGCCUGGGGGCAUGGGGCUUCAGCCUUGCAUUGACAUGCACAGUGUGAAACACAUCCAGAAGGCCAGAGGCCUUCUCUUUUUCAGUUUUUUUCUCUUCACUGCUUGAUAAAAUGGACAGGCGAAGAGCUGUGUCAUCAAGGCACAACAUUCUUUCAUUACUGUGGAAAUAGCCAGCAUGACAGAACUGAGUGCUUGACAACCAAGACUGUAAUUCUGAAGAAUAACAAAUAAAAAAGUUUAGUUUGGAUUUUUUUUUUUAAUGCUUGCCAUAACCAGGACCUUUAUUCACCUGAGAUUUGAACUCUAGUGCCAGAAGAAGUACUUAGCCUGAAAAAUGACUGGCUUUGUGCUUGAUGAGAUGUGAGCUUGAGCUGGCUGGAUUUUUAAUUCAGAACAUUUUACUACUUUUUUUUUAUUGCAUGAAGUUUAUGGACUUCAUUGUAAGUUCAUUGUCAGACCUUGUUUCAUGACUAGGUACAUUUCCGAAGGGAAAAAAAGUACAGGCUUAACUUUAAAUCUGUCCUGAAGGUUUGUGUCCAUCAAAGUUAGGAAAGCGUUUAACAAAUUGGCUGAAUCUGGGCCCUAAGUGAGGUGGAGGAGAAGAACUGCCAACAUACAUAUAUUCCUAAAUGAAGCAUGCCAGCUGUAGGUUUAUGUUUCUCUAUAGGCUUGACUCAUGCUUUAUAUGGCUUUUUGGAUAUCUGAGGAAAGACUGAAAUACCCAAAGAGAUCCUUCUGGAUCUGAGCCUUCCUGCUUUCUGCACCACUUCAUGGGGCUUUUUACUGCCGGAGCACCCGAGCGCUCCUCAGCCAGGCGUUACUCAGCACGUCUGACACCUGUCAUCUGCAGUCUGCAGCCUCCCACCAGAUGACAAACAGCUCACAGAGAAUUGCUGGAGUGGUUUGCUUUGGAAUUUUAUUUUAUACAAGUUUCUAAAUAGCUAUCUGUUUAUACUGCAGGCAGUCAGAGCAAUGCACUUGGCAUCUCAAGAGGAAAAGCAGGGAGGUUUACAGUGAUCUUAAGUUUUCAGCAGAGUUCAUUCCAUUUCAUGGAGCUGUUUUCCAAAGGAGCUCUGUCUCUUGCUGUCAUAGUAUCUGCUGACAGUAGCUGGCAGAAUCUUAGUUCCUUGUGUUUAACCAUUCAGUUACUUGGGAUAAGACUGUUCCAUAUUUUCAUAGACCUGAGUGCUCAGGAUUUGAACAGGUACCAUUUGCCCUGAUAAUAUUGGCUCCAGAGACUAAGGGCUGGGGAGAAUUCCCAGGUGGAGAAUUCUACAGCUGAAACUAUAAAAUAAAGAGACAGAUAUAACUGAAGUAAUUGCAAGAUGUUUUGUAUUUGUUGGGGUUUGUUUCUUGCAGUUUAUCUCAAGUGGUUUGUUAACCUUAGUGAGCUAAGUGCUAACUAACAGUGAGCUUGGACAGCUGGUAGUGGAAAAUUUAUUCAUCAUCUCUCUAAGCAAACACGUCAGUGCAUGAGUGAUUGAAGUGGGGUUUUAAGUGUAGGAUAAUUCAAAGUCCAUCACUCUACCAAACUAAUAAGUGGAGACAAGUGAAGUCACUGCAUUCUCAUGGAAGUUUAAUUCAUAUAAAAUACUUUGAACAGAUAUUUGGCACACUCUGGCACUAUUUCUGACUGACAUGUCUGUAAAGCCUUACCUCUUUGAAUUAUGGCAGCUCUGUGGAUAACUGACGUUCAAUGUUCAUUUCCUUCUUACAUCCAUGCUGAAAAAAUCCAAACUUCAUGUUCACAGUUGUCUAAUUGAUUGCAUAAACUGCACAGAACACACUGUUUGCCUGCGUGUGUCUGUGUGUGUUAGGCAACAUGAGGGGCAAUUCUGCAAGCUGCAUGUUAGAAAACCAAGAUAAUGUUGAAGUAUUUAAACUCUCCUUGAACAAACAGUUCAACAGGUUCUCUUACACUGAUAGAUAAGUAGAUUUGUUAGCUCUUCUCUACUAUGGAGGACAUAAUAUAUAAUCAUCAUUCUGCAAUGCCUUACUGAUCACAUGGAAGGGAGAAGUCACCCUGUCUUAAAGGGUUAGCCCACUUUUUUUUCUGGAAUACAGUGGCAGGGACUGAUACAAACCAUGGCUGGUUACAGGAAUAGGUGUUGUCUGUGGUGGACCUUAGUCCUGGGCACCUUAUUCAUCCAGACAAGACCAAGGGCCCUGGUGAGUGCACAUCCCAGGCCCUUCUGGAUCUACAGCCUUUGGAGGCAUAUUUGGAGACACACAGCAGGAGCUUCAGAUCUGGCCAGCUGUGUCUGUACAUAUCCAUGCUGCUGGCCCACUCUGGGAUGGACUUACUCAGCAGUGUAUGCACAGCACAUAUAGCUCAUAACAGUCUGUCACACCCUGGCAUUGCUUCUCAUUGCCUCUUGGGAAGGGAAAAACAUUUUGUUUUACUGCUUUCAAGUGUUAAGUUGAAGGUGUGUUUAUUCCACUUAGAAACAGCAUGUCCUCUUAAGUCUAUGUGCUUGGUUUUGAAGAGAUGAAAGAAGCCACAACUUGGCCUAAAUGAGUAGCUUGGUAAUGUAGAUAAAUAGACAAGAUAGCAAGCAGUAGGAUUGCUAUGGCAUCAGGAGAGCUAUUCGCCAUGCACACUAUUUGGUAUUUCAAGGAAAUAUUUUAGCAAGUAAAGUAACUAAGUGCGAUUUAAGAUUUUUUUUUCCCUUGUAGUUGUACUCACUGCACAAUUUUAAUUAUGAUUGACUGGCAUGUUUUAAAAAAAGGCCAUUUUGUAUUCUUUAGAUUUCUGCAUGCCAGGUACCGUGAGUACAUGAGCAGCUGGUAGCUAAAAAAAUUGUGGGCUCAGACAUACAAGCAAGCCUUCUGUUGCAUGAAGCAGAGGCAGCAUAUGUUUGUUGGCUUGAUUUUGUUCCUGUUUCAGAAGUAUUGCAGCAUAAGAAGUAACACUACCCAUGUUACUUGCAACUCUGAUUCCAAGGGAGUCAUUCUUUAUGACUGUUAUGUCUGAAUGAUGCAAAUAAAGAAUCUUUCAGAUAACAUCUGGACGCUCGAGUGCCAGUGAUGGCACAUAUUGACAGCAGAGUGCAUGAGACAAAGCCUAGAAUGGGGAGCUGUAGUGCUGCAGUGAAUAAUACAGAAAGCAGGAUUUCUCUAUUAGUCAUUCAGGAGAUGUCUAAUAAUUGCCAGAAAAUACCACAGUCUUAGGAACAGUCAGACUUUCUCUCUAAGGCAAUGUUAUGGAAGACUGAAAAGUGGGUUGUCUAAUUACUGUAGCUGAGCAGCUGAACUAGUAGAGAGCUGUGGAGAAUGGCUGAGAAGCAGCUAAUUAAUAAAAUAGAGACAUCUUGCUCGUUAAUCCCUCAAAGGUCUGCAGAAGAGCUCUGUGACAUCUUAAAAGGAAGAUAUGCAGAUUGUGAAACCUUUGAAUGCCUCAUGGAGAAAUGAAGUGUGAAAGGAACUAAUGAGGCUGGUAGCAUUUGGAGUGUGAGUGCACACUGUCUGUGCGUGUGAGGCAAUUAAGGAGCCGCAGCGCCUGAUGGGCACCAGAGCACAGAAUGAAUGCACCGUGUCUGUGCAUGGGUGGAGUGGUACCCACACUGAGAGAAACCCAGCCAUUGGGACUGGAGUUACUGGUGUGAUUUCCUUUUCUGGGCUUAAUUAACAGAAGUGCAGUGUUACAUUUGCUGCUACUUAAAAUACAGACAGAGGAAAACAAAGUGAAUGACUGAUCGCAGAAUGCAGCAAGUGUCUGGUGGGAGAUGCAGAUGCUGGAACAGCUGGCAUUAAUAUUGGCUAGUAGGUACAGUACAUGGUGUCUUGGGGAUAUCUAGGCAGGAUUCUGCCUGGGCAUGUGUCAGCAGUGACCAGAAAGACAAAUCCUAGAAGGAAGACUGAGCUAAUAACAAUGAUGGCAACAUCCUCAGGAGUGAGAAAACCUGUGCUCCCUUCACUGCAGUUUACUGGGACUAGCAAUAAACUAGCUGUCUUUGGGUCUGUGAGCAAACCAAGAGUAAGGUAAACAGCUAGACUAACAACAGCUAGUAAUCUAACUUCAAGCCUCAUUCUUAUUGCUGGGUCUUGCCUUUCUUUUGUAUACUUGGACUUUUACUGUGCAGCUGCAGUCUGCUGUUGCCUUUCCUAAAACUUCAGUGAUUAGAGAAAAAUCCUACUCAUCAAGGUGUCUGAGCAUCAUAUUUUUCCAUUAUUUUUCUCAUAAAAUGACAUUCUUCCUUUCUCAAGUCAGCUUUCCAAAAGGCACAGUCACUUCCAAUGUGUUUAUUAAAAAACUUAAUCCACAGCAUAAAUGGAGUAUUGCUGGCUAUUCCACUUCAUUCUGUUUUCCUUCAUGGCUUCCUGGCAACUUAAACUGCUGAUGUCAGAUUAGUUGUGGGGCUCUGGUUGCUGUAUCUGCUAGCCACAAUAGCUGCUGUCCCUUCCCUGUGUUGCCUAUGGUAUCCCACAAUGAUUCCUGGGGUUUGGGGGUUUUGGAAUUUUUUACUUGAUGUGCCACACAUUAGAGGGUUAGAUUUUGGAAAAAAGAGUAAUUUAACUUUGAGUCUAGCCAAGUACUGCAAGUAAUAGAUUUUGUAAAAGAGUAGUUUAACUCUGAGGGUGGAAUCUGACCUACUUUGACUCUAUGCCUAAGGUGUUAACCAUCUUUGAUGUGUUUCUGAUAGUCGCUCCUUAGUAUGAGGUUUAUAAUCCUGAUUCAUAGCCAGUUCUGAUUUUCAAUGUGGAUUUAAAAGUCAGUGAUCUGGACCUUCAGCCUUAAACUUCACCUUGAACAAUCUUAUCAUUUCAUUCUAUUGAUAGGAAUCUGAUGCUGAGACACUUAGCUAUUCUAGUAAGCACCUUAAGUCCUUCUGUCAUAUUCCCUUUAAAAUACUAAGUAUGUCUGUCUGCUAAAUAUGCUUAUUUCUGGGUCAGCUGACUAGAUGAUUUCAUCUUAUCCUGUUUUCUACUCUCCUGCUUCUACCUGGACAGCAUCACCAUUCAUAUUUAGUGACCUUUCAGGUGUUGCAUCUAAUUUCUCAGUUACAAAGGACAUUUCUAGUAUCAAUAAUAAUCUCAAGUUGAAUGUAUCUUUCCUGUACUUUGAGGAAAGUGAUUUUCUGCAUAUGGUUGUAUUAUAAACACAUUCUUCGUAUAGAGGAAUGAAAUUUAGGGACUUUUGAAAAAGGUCAUUGUAAUAAGAGGACAUUAAUUCUUAGUUUACCUGAGCUAGAAUAUUUAAAUGCUUUAAAUCUUUAAAGCUGUCAUGAGAAAAUUACUGAGGAGUUGAUUCUCAAAAUAAUGUUCAGUGGGAUACACAUUCCUUUAUAUUUCCAGUCUGACUUGAUAUCUGAUCUACAUA